AUGGAUUCAGAGAUAGAAGAGAAAUUCUUGAUGGGCUUCAUCAACGCCAACAUAGUGGGCCUCAAACACUACCCCGUCGCGCUCGUCGGCGGCCGGCAAAUGGUGGGCCUCAUCCGCGAACCCCUCAAUCAAUACGAUCCCAACGCCAUCCAAGUCUUGAACAUCCAACGCCUCCGCAUCGGCUACAUCGAACGCUCCGUCUCCGCCGUCAUUUCCCCCCUCAUCGACGCCGAACUCAUCACCGUUGAAGCCAUCCUCCCAUCCAUGCGCUCCCGCAACUUCCACAUCCCAGCCCAAAUCCACAUCUUCGCUGAACCCCACAACUUUAAUGCCGUCAGAGUUACCCUUUAUGCGGCUGACCUCCAACUCAUCAGCCCCUCCAACCCCGCCUUCACCCUCUCCGAGUCCGUCGCCGUUAAAGAAACGAAAUCCAACCAAAUGUACAAGUCCAUCGAUGCCAUCUUUAAAGUCGUUCAAGACAACCUCGCCUCCAAGACCACCGUCGCCGAAACCUUGGACCCUCCCUCCCGCAUCAUCAAAUCCCAGCUUCUCCCACACCAGAAGGAAGCCCUUGCGUGGCUCGUUCGCCGCGAAAAUACCACCGAGUUGCCGCCGUUUUGGGAAGAAAGAGACGGCACCUUCGUCAACGUGUUAACCGAUUACCAGACGUGUAAAAGACCAGAGCCCCUUCGCGGUGGCAUUUUCGCUGAUGAGAUGGGUUUGGGAAAGACUCUAACUUUGCUUUCUUUGAUUGCGUAUGAUAAAAGGAACGAAACGGGUAUCCCCAAAAAGAAAAGAAGCAGCUACGUGGUGGGUGCUUCACAGCGCGAGCGUGAUAUUCAUAGGUUUAUUUCUGGUGGCGUGAAAACGAAGGCAACGUUAGUGGUGUGUCCUCCUUCUGUUAUGUCAACGUGGAUACAGCAGUUAGAGGAGCACACUUUUCGUGGUGCAUUGAAGACUUAUAUGUAUUAUGGGGAAAGAAGGACCAAGGAUGUCGAGGAGCUUAAGAAAUAUGAUUUGGUGUUGAGUACUUACUCUACUUUGUCUAUUGAACGUCAAAAUGAUGAAAUGCCGGCGAAGAAAAUGCAAUGGAAGAGGAUUGUGUUGGAUGAAGCUCACCAUAUCAAGGAUUUCACUACUAAACAGACUUCAGCAGUUUGCAGGAUGAAUGCUCAAUACAGGUGGGCUGUUACUGGGACACCGAUUCUAAAUGGUUGCAUUGAUCUGUUUUCUCUAAUGGUUUUUCUAAGGUUCGAACCAUUUUCGGUCAGAAGUAGUUGGAGAGACUUUGUGCAACGCCCUAUUAAUAAGGGCAGGGACAAUGGACUCUCGCGUUUGCAGAUUUUGAUGGGUGCAAUUGCAUUGCGAAGAACAAAAGAAAAGGGUUUGGCAGGGCUGCCACCUAAAACCGUAGAUAUUUGUUAUGUUGAACUUUCUUCGGUAGAUCGUGAACUGUAUGAUCAAAUUAAAGAGCAAGCAAAGCCACUGUUGAAUUAUGACCCUCACAAAACUAUAAUGACCCAUUAUUCUGCUUUACUAGGUUGUCUACUACUGCUUCGCCAAAUCUGUACUGAUUCGGAAUUGUUGCCUUUAAAUCACAAGUCAGUGCUCCCUUCGUUUAAUAUUGAAGGUAUAUUCUUGCCCUUUGUAUCAGAUUCAUGUAUAUAGUUACUUAAUAGUUUGUUUACCUGGGUCCAAUUCGAAGUUUCCAAUAACCCUGAAUUACUGCAAACAUUACUUGGGUUGCUGCAAAAUGGUGAAGAUCUUGAGUGUCCAAUUUGUAUAUCUCCUCCAACGGAUAUUGUAAUCACAAGCUGUGCUCACAUUUUCUGCCGACAAUGUAUUCUGAAAAUUAUGGAGCGAAGCAAAGCCCCUUGUCCUCUUUGUCGGCGACCCCUCUCAGAAUCCAAGUUGUUCUCAGCCCCUCCUGAAUCUUUCAAUUCAGAUAGCACUGAACUAUGCUCAUCAGGAUCAAGGUUAUCUCCCAAAGCAUCAGCUCUGAUAAAACUUCUCACUGAAUCAAGAGAACAAAAUCCUGCAGUAAAGUCAGUUGUAUUUUCGCAAUUUCGGAAGAUGUUGUUGUUGCUGGAAAAGCCUCUGAAUGCAGCAGGUUUCAAGACUAUGCAUCUUAAUGGAACAAUGAAUGCGAAACACAGGGCUCGUGUCAUUGAGCAGUUUCAAGUCCAAGGAGGAGAUAGGCCAGUGGUUCUGCUGGCAAGCCUAAGGGCUUCAAGUGCAGGUAUAAAUCUCACAGCUGCCUCUAGAGUCUACUUUAUGGAGCCAUGGUGGAACCAUGCAGUUGAGGAACAAGCAAUGGAUCGUCUCCACCGCAUCGGUCAGAAAGAGCCUGUGAAAGUUUUUAGACUCAUAGCUAAAAACAGCAUUGAAGAGAAAAUAUUGGCAUUGCAGGAGAAGAGGAAACAAAUAACCGAGGAACCUCCUGUGGGUGGAUCAAAGGAAUAUGGCAUGAGCUACGAAGAUCUACGUCUCCUAUUAGUAGACUAG